AUGGCUAACGGGGUUGUGGUGCUCAUCGCUGUCCUGCUUUUGGAGAGAUCUGCCGCAGUGGGAGACCAGGCUGAUCCGUCACAUGUGGAUGGAGCUCCGCCUUCGAAAAUAGCUGUUGUGGGCGCGGGCAUCGGCGGCAGCUCCACAGCUCAUUUCCUGCGGCAGCACUUUGGUCCCGAGGUUCAGGUCGAUGUGUUUGAGAAAGGGGAGGUGGGCGGUCGUCUGGCCACCGUCACGGUCAAUCACCAUGACUACGAGUCCGGAGGCUCCAUCAUCCACUCGCUCAACCUCCACAUGCAGGAGUUUGUCAAAGUGCUCGGUCUGAAGUAUCGGCGCAGCGUCGCGGGGAAAACGGCGGUGUUCAACGGAGACGAGAUGAUCCUGGAGGAGACCGACUGGUACCUGCUGGACCUGUUCAGGCUCUGGUGGCGCUACGGCAUCAGCUUCAUCCGGCUGCAGAUGUGGGUGGAGGAGAUCAUGGAGAAGUUCAUGAGGAUCUACAAGUACCAGGCGCACGGUUACGCCUUCAGCUCGGUGGAGGAGCUGCUGGACUCUCUGGGCGGCUCCGGCUUCCUCAACAUGACCCGCAAGCCGCUCUCUGAUUCGCUGCUGGAGGUGGGCGUGUCCCAGCGCUUCAUUGACGAGGUCAUUGCUCCCAUCAUGCGGGUCAACUACGGCCAGAACGUCAGCAUCCCGGCGUUCGUGGGUGCAGUGUCUCUGGCUGGAGCUCAGAACAACCUGUGGUCUGUGGAGGGAGGAAACAAGCUGGUGUGUUCCGGACUGAUUAAAACAGCAAACGCAAACUUGCACCAGGCUCAGGUCACCUCCAUCGCCCCGGUCACAUCAGGAGACACGCUUCAGUACCGCCUCAGCUUCACCUCUGAAACCGACUCCGGCUCUGAUCUUUACGACAUUGUGGUUUUGGCCACGCCCCUUCAGGAGAGCGUCCAAUCAGGGAUCACCUUCGAGGACUUUUCCCCGCCUUUCGACCAGUUGCCCGGUUACUACCACAGCACAGUCGCCACCAUCGUCCACGGUUACCUCAACACCACGUUCUUCGGUUUCCCCGAUCCCAGACUCUUCCCUUUCGCCAGCGUCCUGACCACAGACGAGCCGAGGUUGUUCUUUAACAGCGUGGCCAGUAUUUGCCCCGUCAACAUCUCUGCGGGUUUUAGACGCAAACAGCCGCAGGAAGCCGGGAUUUAUAAAGUGUUCUCUCCUCAUACGCUGGACAAGGUUCAGCUCAAAUCUCUUUUCAGGUCUUAUUACUCGGUCCAGUUGACAGAGUGGUCGGCGUACCCUCGUUACGGCAGCAGCUCCAGUCUUCCCUCCAUCGAGCUGCAGCCGAACCUGUACUAUCUGAACGGGAUCGAGUGGGCCGGCAGUGCCAUGGAGAUGAGCUCUGUGGCCGCCAAAAACAUCGCGCUGCUAGCUUACCACCGCUGGAACCGGCAAGACGACAAGGUGGACCAGAAGGACCUGAUGCACAAGAUCAAAACGGAACUAUGA